UUUUUUUACUUAUGCAAUGUUCUGCAGGGGGUGACAUGCUCUGCAUAACUAUACCUGAUUCUGUGCAUGCUAUGCAUUGUUCAUAGUCGGAGAUCACCACAGUCGUGACACCGUGUCAUAUUAUCCUUUGGCGUUGCAAAGCUCUGCAGCCGUAGGUCAGUCAUGGAGCCCCCUCUUACUGCUCCACAUGGUAUUCAGAUCAGUGACAUAACCUGUGACUCAUUCCGUGUGACCUGGGAGAUGCCACCUUAUGAUGCCAUGCGAGUUACUCACUACUUCAUAGAUCUGAAUAAGACAACAGGGCAGAAGGAGAACAAGUUCAAGCAUCGGGAUGUGCCAACCAAACUGGUGGCAAAAGCAGUGGUGCUACCCAUGACGGUACGGGGGCAUUGGUUCCUGAGCCCAAGAACAGAGUAUACAUUGGCUGUACAGACGGCAGUGAAGAGGAGCGAUGGGGAAUACACUGUGUCCGGCUGGAGUGAGACACUUCACUUCUGUACAGGGGAUUAUGCCAUGGAGCAGGUCAAACAGUUGGAAGAGAAAGCUGAAGGUAUCGCCGGACGUAUGUUGUCAUUCCAGGUCUUCUACAGGAACCAGACGGCAGAAUAUUUCCAGCAUGUCAGGGACAAGUGGGGAGGCCUUAUGCUUCCAUCCUUAAAAGACCAGAGUGGGAGCCAUGGAUCACCCAUCAGCAACACACUCCAUGGCAUUUUUUUCAGCUGCAAUACAGAAUUCAACACAGGCUUGCCACCGCAUGACUCACCCUACGGGAGAUGGAGGGUGACCAUUCCAGCCGGUUAUCUCUUUAAUGAAAACACGCACCUGUACUUUGCCGACUUCUACUGCAUGUAUACUGCCUACCACUAUGUUGUCCUGGUAUUGGCUCCUCGAGGGUCUCAAGGCGAUUCUUUCUGCAGUGCCCGUUUGCCACUGUUGGACCCACAGAACAACCCCUUUUUGACCCGGGGGGAACAGGGAAGUUACUGGCAUGCACAAGAUCUUAUACUAGAGAUAAUCUACACUGAACCAGUGCCUAUGGGCAUGGGGCAACUAUCAGAGAUCAAAGGGCAUCAGUUGAUGAGUCUUUCUACGGCCAAUGCCAAGAAGGAUCCCAGCUGUAAGGUGUGCAAUAUCCUUGGUGGGCGUUAGGGAGACACAUGUUGUUUGUCAGCAGUGUUCGUUGGGUUAAAGGGAUUUGUUGUGUGGCUUAUGGUGUUGAAAGUGUAACUAGUGCAUUUCCAAAACCAGUCCCCACAGAACACCUAGUCUAUCGACUUACGUACAUACUGACCUAACUGUUGGGAAAAAUGCAAGAAAGAUUCAGUAUUGGAGUUUUUGUUCUAAAAGCUGGGGCACUGUGAGCAGCAUACUUCUUGACUCUCGCACUAUUACCCAAUGAAGUAGAGAUGCUCUUGAAAAUGAAAAUAGAGGUUUCUUCAUAAAAGGAAACCUUGGAUACUGGUUGUUGGAAAGGUAUGGAUAACAUAGGAGCAGACAACCUCUUGUGCACUCCUUAGAGAUCUGAUAUGGUUGCAUUGUCAUUCCAUCACUACUAAUGAGUGGAAUUGGACUGACCUGGUGGCCAAAAGAUAAGGUAGUCCUCUUCGAUUUUUUUUGUAUCUUCAAGUCAAUUCAGGAAGAUAAUUUCAUAAGAUCCUGGAUUGCAGUGACGAUUGGUGUUGGCCAUGACAUCCAACUGGUUACCAGGGGGAACUUUUUAUUUUAUUUACAUGAUCCUAUU